UCUCCUCUCGCUCUCUCUCACUCACGCGCGCCAUGGCCGGCGCCAAAUCCCCGGCGGUUUCCGACGCGGCGGCGGCGGCGGCGGCGGCGAUCGAGCACAAGGUCCACGCUCGUGUCGGCCUCUUGGGGAACCCGAGCGACGUCUACUACGGCCGCGCCAUCUCCCUCAGCCUCGCCAACUUCUGGGCCUCCGUCCGCUUGCGUCCCUCCGACGAGCUCGUCAUCACGCCUCACCCCGUCCACGAUCUCGUCCACUUCAAUUCUCUCGAUCAUCUGGUGAAUCGGCUGCAAAGUGAAGGGUACUAUGGAGGAGUCCGUUUGCUCAUGGCCCUCUGUAAAGUUUUUCGCAAUUAUUGCAAGGAUAACAACAUCGAUCUUCAUGGAGGGAAUUUCACACUCUCUUAUGAAACAAAUAUCCCUCGUCAGACAGGGCUUUCGGGUUCAAGUGCUAUAGUGUGUGCUGCUUUAAAUUGCCUUCUUGACUUCUAUAAUGUCAGGCAUUUGGUGAAAGUGGAAGUUAGACCAAAUCUUGUUCUUAAUGCUGAAAAGGAAUUAGGAAUUGUUGCUGGCCUCCAGGAUCGGGUGGCCCAGGUAUAUGGGGGCCUCGUUUACAUGGAUUUCAGCAAGGAAAACAUGGAGAAGUUGGGGCAUGGCGUCUAUAUUCCAAUGGAUAUAAGUCUACUCCCUCCUUUAUAUCUCAUUUAUGCUGAAAAUCCAAGUGAUUCUGGAAAGGUGCACAGCACAGUUCGACAGAGGUGGCUGAAUGGAGACAAGUUCAUAAUUACAUCCAUGAAUGAAGUUGCAAAUGUAGCCUUAGAGGGGAGGGAAGCAUUACUGGAAAAGGACUAUGCCAAACUUUCAAAGCUCAUGAAUCGUAAUUUUGACCUACGAAGGAGCAUGUUUGGAGAUGAAUGCCUUGGUGCUUUAAACAUAGAGAUGGUGGAGGUGGCCCGACGAGUGGGUGCCUCAUCAAAGUUCACUGGCAGUGGAGGAGCUGUGGUCGCUUACUGCCCUGAUGGGCCAUCGCAGGCAAAGCUUCUGGAGGAUGAAUGUCGAAAAGCUGGAUUCAUCCUCAAACCAAUACAAGUAGUUCCAUCCCGUUUGAAUGACGUUGAUCUCAACACAUUGAAGAUUACUUAGUACUGAUGAGUCCGGGCAGAUUGGGAAUUUAUUUCAUUUAUUAAUUACCACUGCUUCAUGAACCAUUGCUUCAUGCACCGAAAUGUCUAGUGAUGCGGUAGUCGGCCAUUGAUGCUCUUGCAA